GCGGUCCAAUGGCGGGGUGCAGGGGCGGGUUCCGGCGACGCGGCGCCGGGUAACAGCGGCUGCGGGUGGACGCGAAUGAAGCGGGGAGAGGAUGUGAAGGGGCAGCGGGGCGCCUGACAAGUGGAGGCGCCGGCCCGGGAGCCUGAGCCUGAACCUGAACAGAACGGGGCUGUGUUGCUGGAGAGGGGGAAGGCAGGCAGGAAGGAGGUCCAGCGGGCCCAGGAAACGGCGGCGUCCCUGGAAACGGCGUCCCCCUGCUACUCUCCCCCCGGCGACCACACUCACUCUCUCCGCUAACUACCCAGGACCAACAACAUUGGCUCCAACAACAUCAACCCGGAGGCGUGUUGAUGCCGUGGAUCUCGCUUCCCGAUUUGUGCGUAAUGACGGCGAAAUGUGCGGAGGUGAACAGCGAUGAUGGGCUGAGAAGAGUGUGUAAAAGAAGUGGUGACGAGGAGAGUGCUGAAGGAGAUGGGGAGAGUGAAGAAGGAGGCUGCAGAUCUGAACACAGCACAAAGAGAGAAGAUACUUCAGCAGCUGCCACCAGUCCAGAUCAGCAUCAUUUCUUAAGAUCCAGUGUGAGACCUCCCAACAAGAGGUUAAGGAAAGAUCCAGUUGCUUCUCAUGGAUCCAACAGCUUCCAAAACAAUAAGGGAAAAGGUCUUGAGGGGAGUUCUGCUGCUUCUGGUUAUGCGUCUGGCAUUACUGUGGGCAGUGCAGGUGGAAGCAGCAAAACCACAGCAAAGAGUUUAUCUGCCAUAUCUGGAGAAAAAGAGGAAGGGAACAAGAAGAAAGUUCGAAGGCAGUGGGAGUCGUGGAGUGCCGAGGAUAAAAACUCAUUUUUUGAAGGGUUAUAUGAGCAUGGAAAGGAUUUUGAAGCAAUACAGAAUAACAUAGCUCUAAAGUACAAGAAGAAAGGGAAGCCAGCAAGUAUGGUGAAAAACAAGGAGCAAGUUCGGCACUUCUACUAUCGUACUUGGCACAAGAUCUCCAAAUACAUCGACUUCAAUAAUGUAUUCUCUCGAGGACUGAAGAAAUCCUCUCAGGAGCUCUAUGGGUUAAUAUGCUAUGGAGAACUGCGCAAAAAAAUCGGAGGAUGCAUGGAUGAUAAAAAUGCAGCCAAACUCAAUGAAUUAAUUCAAGCUGGGGCCACAACUGUGCGAUACAAAGGCCGUAAUUUACGUAUAAAAGCACCAAUGUGCCGGGCUUUGAAAAAAAUCUGCGAUCCUGAAGGAAUUAGUGAUGAGGAAGAUCAGAAACCAGUUCGACUACCGGUGAAAGUGCUCCUUGAACUACUGCCACGCAGUAACUACACCUGGGCAAGAGUUCAGAGUCUGGCACAGAAUCCUCGACUACGGAUGAUGGUGGAACUACAUCGGAAAGUUUCCAGUCUCAUUGAUUUCCUCAAGCAUAAAUGGGCGUUACAGGAAUUCCGAAUUCGCAAGUCAUUGGAAGAACGUCAGCAAGAUAUUGUAUAUGGUGAAUCAAGGAUUAUGGGGCUUGAGGAAAAGACAGAGCUCCAUCUCUACCCUGCAGAGAACUGUACUUUAACUGUACUGCCUGGAGUGGCAAAGGUGGUUCACUCAAAAGCCUGCUGCACUGUGCACUGGCAGGAAACCGGAAGGUGCAGACAGAACAUAAAGGACAUUCAUUUACUCCCACCAGCACAGAUAUUAGCAAGAACCCCUGCUACAAAGGAUAUGACUGUUCCCGUCAGUCAAGGAACUCAGGGCACAAUGAAGGGACAAGUUAAACAAAUUAGAAGCACAACAGAUGGGCGAACUGGUUUCAAAACCACUACAUCGAUGGCUGGUGAAGGAUCACAAUGCACUGAAGAGGAAAUGUCUUCUUUGGAAGGUACCUCUGCUGGAGAGACAAUUUCUCAACAGGAAAGUCCAAAAACAGACGAGAUAUUUGAUGGAGGACAGCAAGAAUUAGGAGAAAAUGGAGAACAUGCAUUUAAUUCACCCAAAUCUAAUUCGGAUGCUUCCACUGAAGAAUGCAGUGGUAAUGAGGUGCCCUUAAUGGAGUCCCCAGAACCAACCACGACUACUGAGCUCUGUGUCUGUGGGGGGAUGGUCAAUAAUGAUGAGACACUCCUCUUGGACCCACCUUCUCACGACAUGAAGUCGUGUCCGAACUCGGUAGAUGCAGAGAGAUGUGCAUGUCUGGAAAAAUCCUCUGAAAAGGGUGUUACUGCCUUGGACAUAAAUGGAUUUCUUGGUGAUCCCAGUGCAGUACAUUCUGGAAUGAUAAAAGUUGAAUCAAGCUCUCAACAAUUGGCAGAUUCAAGUCCCCAAUUAUCUACUGAUACCGCUUCAAUGUCAUCCAAUUCAACCGCAGUAGAUGAUUGUGAUAAUAGGACCUUGUCCACUAAUUGCACUCAUGAACAGCCGGUGGUGUGCACAGAUGAGGUGUCUGAUAAUGACUGCCUUGGGCAGACCGUGAAUAUGAGUUUGCCCUCUCAGGGACAAGCUGGUAGUGCCAGCAUUCUUCCAAAGCCACCAAAAGAAGAUGCUACCCAUCUGGUCCAGCAGGUGCUGGAGGAUGGCUGGAGUCCAAGUACCUCUGAGAAUUUGACUUUGGCUGAAUUGUACCUCAUGCUGGGGAAACCCAGCAAACUGCAACUUGAAUAUGAUUGGGUGCAGACCCAGCGGAAUAACGCUGAGGAAACUGAGAGGACAAAGGGUACAAGUCAGAGGUUACUGAAGUGCCUGCUGCAAAUUAUCACUACUGAAGUAAAUCCUAAAUCUAGUCCAGAUUCAAGUUCUGUGGCAGCAUCUCCAAUGAAGUCAAACCAUGAAGAUCAGAUGCUCUCGCCGCCAGGGAAAGUGAUUACUCUUUCACGUAGUCCUGGUUGUGUCCGAAAUACUCCAGCAAUUCGAACGAGCAAAACGCUCACUCCCACCAGUGUUUCAGGAAUGCGUAAUGUGCAGAAAACAUUGGUGGUCCCACAUUCAUCUAGUAGCUCAGGAAAAUCGAACAGCGAUGCAGACAGUGGGAUAUUUGCAGUUCCUACAAUUUUGCCUCCUAACAGUAGGCAUAACAAGAUGUAUUCACCCAGCAAAGAGAGUGAGCUGACAUUCAGACAGCAACUGGAUACCUUCAGUAGGCAACCCGACAUCUUCUUACCUAAACCCAGGAAAUUGCGAAAUAAUCGUCCACGCAAGCCGCUGGUGGUUCAGAGAACACUGUUGCCACGACCGACUGGAAAUUCCUCUCAGCAUGUUUGUUCUUUUUCCAUCUUGUCCAAUUCUGCCACAGGCACAGGUUUAUUCCGUCCUCUUCAGUCAUCUCUUUCCAAACCAACGUUGGCUCGCCCUAUUGUUCCAAAAGUCAUUCCAGCAUCCACCAGUCAACUAUCCAGUGCAAUCGACAUGGCAGCAAAGUCAGCAGGCAUAAUUCCAGGCAGCCCAGUCCAGGCUCUUGAUACAGAGGAUUCACAAGAUUUGACAUCCCUGUCAAAUGAAGAUGUUUCCAUGGUAAACUUGGACCAUGAUAUAUCCUCAGUCCAUCAGAAUGGAAGCCCACCACCAACGUUGGCAGGGAGGGAUCUUGAAAAACCCACGCAUCAGAAUGGUUUAUCCUCUCCAACAGAUGAAACCUCUAACACGUUGUUCACUUCUCCACCAAAUGUCUCGGCUCUCCUUGAUAUUUCAUUGCCAGGACCUCCUGAUGACACACUGUCCCAGGGUGGACCCCAUAGCCAAAUCAGUGACUCCAUCAUCGAGCUUGCUAUCAACUCCACUCAGUAUGUUAGCGGUGACGGUUCAUCUCUCUCGCUAACAAAGCUGAAUGGUAAUGACAACUCUAAGAAUCUUCCAUCUCCACCAGCCAGUCCUCAACGCAACUGGAUCCCCUCUCCUACCCACGAUCCGCAGUGGUAUCCAACUGACUCUGGUGACUCUUCUUUGGGUAGUCUAUUGUCAAGCCUAAUAUCUCCUGAAAAGGGGCGGAAGAUGCUGACAACCGGCAAUGGAAACAGCAAUAGCAACUCUUUACUUGGAACAAGCUUGUUAGAUGGCAACUCCAGGGACUCUUUUGUUUCCCGCUCACUAGUGGAUGUGUCUGAGGUUGAUUCUCAGCUGGCGUGUAUGAUGAAUGAAAGCAGUGUGGAUUAUAUUGCCCGCUUUAACGACCUUGCUCAAGAGCUCUCGGUAGCUGAGACUUCAAGGAAGGAGAUGCUUUUGGACAGUGGCCCUUCGAUUGGUGACCUUUCACAAUAAGGUCAUAAUGUGAACAUGGGGUUCAUUUAGGAUGCCCCCGUUCUUCAGCACCUUGCCAAUUAAGCUGCUUGGUUUGGGCAUUGAUUACUGGAGAGACCAUUUGUAAAUGACACUGAGAGGUUUGAAAAAUGUGCAAUACACUUGACUGUACUGCCCUAAUUCAGUAUUACAUUCAUGAUCAUCUUCAGUUGGCAGUAAUUGACACAGCAUGAAGCUACAAGAAGCCAAAAGGAUCCUCCGAUGGGACCGAACACUAGAAUGAAUUUUUUUCCCAAUGUCUGAAAUGGAUGUGAAGAUCAAUCAGAUGUUUGAAUUGGGCGUCAACUCAGAACUGAUCUCAAAAUCGUAGGGUUUUGGUGCAAAACUAGUGAUACUUUUGUCAUUUGUACCAAUUUCUUCCUAGAGUAACAUAGAAUGUUCUGAGUGUCUUGUACAAACCUUUUAUACCAUAUAACACACCCAUUUUUGCUUUCCAUUAAAACCAAACAUCAGUUUUCUCAGUGGCUGUACACAACGUGAAAGAAUGUCAAAGUCCAUAGGCCACAUUGUUAUGGGGUGGUUAUGCUGUGUUUGUGGGCUGCACCAUGAUGCGAGGAGAUCAGUAAACUGACAGUAACUUAGGUUGUCUGAAGCAUGGUCUCUAUAUUGCAGCAUUAUGCUCUUAAACAUCUAUCAGAUGGACACGUCGGUUUCCCUGAGAGUCCCAAGCGAGGUAGAUGGUGCUGAUUUGGAAUGAGUUCACCAAGUGCAGGGCUGUGUGCAUGUAUGAACUGAGAACCGAGCAGUAAGAAAUUAAUUUUAUACGGUUUGAUAAAUGUUUUAUUGGUUUCUUUGUCUGGGAGAGAGCCAGAGAUGGUUGUGAUUUUGCUAUACCACUUCAAUACAUGCUGCAUUCCAGCAUUUGUUUUACUCUGGUCGGUUGGCUUUCUAGUCCAUUGUUUUACAAUCAUUAUUAUAGGAUCUUCACUUCUCCCCAGUUUUCCAUCUUGUGAACUAUUACUGGGUAUCAGCUUGACAAGUAUGAGCCGGUUAUCUAUCAUUAAUGACCAUUAGGACUGAACCCAAAGCUUGCUGCUGAGUAGAAGAUAAUGCAGUUGUUUCAUUCAGCAUCAAGAUUCGAGAUGCAUCUUCUCAAUUUGUGCACUGUUUUAAGUGCACAAUGGCUGGUAUGCAUUCUGUACAUUUCAAAUGUAAAGGUUUUCUGUAAUGAAGACACUUUUGUUGUAUUUUACACAGCGUUCAGUAACUAUGCUUCAGAUUGAAGUUAUGAUACCACUUUUUCUGCUGAUAUGGAACAAUGACAUGUGCUGUGCCUCGAGUGCAUUUAAGUGUUGCGCAGUUUAUCUUUAAUCUUGCCAUGCUUGGGUUUUCUGCACCCAAGGAAUCCACAGAGCUACCACUGAAUUUCACAAGCUGCUGUUUUUCUUUUUCUUUCUGCAAAAAAAAAAAAAAAAAUCAGCACCCAAGGGCUUAAAUUCUCCUAUCGGGCACAUGUGUGGGGGACAGGAACAUUGUGCGGUCUAACUACAGUCAGCAGCGUGGUGUGAUUACGAUUCAGUAGCGGGCAAGAUGCUGUGAAGCGUUUUGCAGAUUCACACUAAAAAUGCAAGCUGCAGAUUAUGUACAUCCCGUACUGUCAUUCUGUAUCACUGGGUUAGAUGGUACACUGAUAAUUUUAUCUAGCACAUCUAGAAAAACUGUAUUUUGAUUAAUGCAUGCUACAUCUAAGUGAAUGUUUUGGAAGAAUUGUCUCCCAAUCCUGUAAUGUGGAAUAGUUGUCCAAAUAUGGCUGUAAGUCAAAUCAUUGUAUCUCUGGGCUUCUGAAGAACAGGAGGAGAAAUUGCAAAGUUAUAUAGCACUGAGUUGUUGCAUUGGGACUACCUGUGCAGAUUGCAGUGCAGUAAUAGUGGUCUCUGCAUAUUCCGUUAUUUGUGUUAGAUUAAUAAUUUUAGCAAAUGUCUACUGUGCUAUGACUUUAAAAGAGCAAAUUAAUUUGAGGAUUACAUAAAGCUGUGGCCUAAGUAGUUUACAACCUAAUACUCGUCUGUUACGUACUAUUUUAUCCUUCAAGAACUCCAAAGCAUCUAAUGCUAUUCUGCAAUUCAUUUGACAUCUUUUGUAUAUUCUGCUUUCAUGUAGACCAAAAGUGUUCUGUCCUUCAACAAAAUGGCAUCUUGCAGCGUUUUAUCUCUUAAAGUUUUGAUAAAUAUUUGCUGCAUUAUGAAAGGGAUUUGUUUAAUGUACCUGAAAGACAGUUUUUGUUUAAAUGUAGCAUUAGAGGUGUCUUUCGAAUUAAGGAAGUUCCAAUUUAUAUAUUUGUUGAGUAAUAAUGUCAUCUUGCACUUUUUAACUUGGUGCACUAGGUUUGUCCUGAGGUAAAGAGAUGCCGUUAAUUCUCUGUGGCUGGAGGAAUAUUCCACUUUAGUCGAGUCUAGUUUAUUGUGGUGUGCACAACUAAAAUGAGGCAUGGAUACAAUGAAAAUUAUGCUUGCAGCUAUAUCACAGGCACAUAGGCUCAGGCAAACACACAAAAACUAAUUACACAAAUCACACAUUUACCUGAGGUUUACCCGAGGCACGAUUAUUUCUUAUCGAAAUCUCAGACAAUAUUGGGGGGAAAAAAGGACUGCAAAAAAAGUUAUUGUUUCUUUCCCGAGUAUUCCAGCAUAAUUUUAAGGAACCGUUUCAUUCACAUAGGAUUCAUUAGUGGUGGCAGCCUGCGCUAUUUCCCCCCCCCCCCCCCCCCCCCCUUCACCUCCACCUUUAUUAUUGCAUUUUUAUUGGAGUCCAUCUUUUUUGCUUUUAGCCUUUUGCAUUGGUUCAGUUUAUAUUGUGUAUGAUUGUUACUAUAUUGCUGGUCCCAGACUGUUUGCAGUGGUAGGGAAAAGAAACUAGUAGCUGGGUGUGUUAUAAUGUUUACAUGGUUUGUACAAUUCUCAUGUCUGUGCUCUGCAUCAGAUAAAUAGGAACAAGCUACCAAUGAUUUUUUUAAAUGGAGCAAAAGUAGAAUAAUUUUCCAAGUAAGACUGAAAUACAGAUGCCUCCAUUAGUUCCUCCAGAAUCGAGCCUCGUAUCAGAAACGUUCUGAAUGCAGAAUUAAAUGUUUGUCAGAAUUCAAAGCUUCGGUACUUUUCCUAAAGCAAUCCCAGAAAUCUCUUCACUUGUUGUAAAAUAUUGCUAUAUUGGUGUUUAAUUCAUGUGUACCCUUUUAUUCUUUCUGCAGCAGUGCAUAAAAGUAUAAUUUGCAUAUUUCCCUUUUUACUAAUUCCCUCUAAUGUCUGGACUUGGGUUUCAACAAGAUUAUGAAUCCAAGUGUUUCUUGUUUCAGCAACAGCUGUUAAAUGUAGCUGGUGAAAAGGGAUGUAUUCAACAGUUGCAGGAACGUUUCCCAUUUUCCCAAUAUUCAUCCAUCCAUUGAAAAAGCUUAAGAUCACUGAAUGAUGUCUAAUUUAUUGUCCCUGCAUGUAAGAAACCAUCUCUGGCUAUGUCGUCUGCUGUAAGUAUUGAAUGCUUUAAGCAGAGGAAGUGGACUUUAAUGUUCAUCUUAACCUGCCUUCCAUUUGUCAUGUAACCCUAAAUGUGAAUACAUCUUUAUUGCUGUUAGUACUUCCCAUUGCACAACCACACAGUGCCUUUAUGUAAUCUGCAUCAAUUUGCAUAUGAACUUGAACAGACCAGUACUGACUUCAACUCUCAAGCAUCUAAUGUGGGUUCACAUUCAGUUAGGCCAUGCAGUGGACUAAAUGUUAUCAGCUUUAAUCUGAUAAUGAAUGCACUGUAAGCAUGGCCCUGUCUCGAGAAUAUUAAAUUUCUAGUUAUCUAUGGAUGAAGUCAUCUGGUGUGCCAUUGUUAUUGUGGCAAUAAUUCUACGGCAAGACAUCAUCCAGAUGUUAUUGGUAAAAGUGCUAACAUUUAUGUUCAUGUUCCUGUUGAUGACUGUAUAGAACUAAAUACCGACAAAUCAAAUGUAGAAUAAUUCUUGCACUUGAUUGUGCUAAGUGUAUACAUUUGUGAGCUGGGUAGAUUGACACAAUUCACUGAGGAAGCUUACAAAUUAAAACCUGUGCAUCUCCCCCUCUCUGGGAAUGAAGACCCCAUAAUGCCAGGUGAGCUUUUUGUGAGCCAUUUGAUUCUUGCUUUACAUAUCUUUCAACAUCUUACAGCAGUGUGUGAUUGUGUGAGUUUUUGAAAGUGCAUUUCUAUUGAAAUUAAUUUGGAACAAAACAUUUUUAAUUUUUGUACGAGGCAAACUUUUCAUUUUGCAUUCAGUAGUCCUUAAUUUAUUAACUGCUUUUUAACUAGUUUUAAUCUUGCACUGGAAGGUGAAUAUAUAUUUAUAAAUUGAAUUAAAAACUGAUGUGUUAUUUGUAAAAAUGUAACAUUGGCAGUUGUUCUAACUCACCCAUGAUUCCAUAGUUUGUACAAUUGCUUUUGGCUGAAGUUUGGUUUUCACAUUGGUUUUCAACCUGUGUUUGAUGAAUGUGAGAACCUACAAUGAACUAUACAUUUUUUUCAUAACAGCUGAAAACAGAUUGGCAAAUCUUCACAACAUGUCAACAUUCUUUCUCUUCUGAAAGUCCAUUAAGGUUGGAUACUGUUUCAGGCAGUGAUCAGUGAUGCGUUAGCAUUAUCUGAAAUUCACUGUCACAUACAGUACAAAAAUAUAACCUAUACUGGUUGAAUUCUUUACAUUGUACACCAUGCAGUAUUAUUUUGUAUUCAUAAGAACAGGAGUAGGCUAUUCAAUUGUUUUUAUACAGCUAGGACCACGCGUAUUUCUAUCUUCAGAAUCCUCAUCCUGUGCUCUGGAGAACAUGGGGCCCAUUUCCAAACAUUUGUGACUGAAGCUUUGAAUCUUGACACCUUUUAACAUUUUUGUUCACUUGGAUAGAGUUAGUCGGUGUUACAUGUUAGAGGGACACUUCCCAUCACAGCUUUGACUUUCCAUUUAAAAAACAAAAAAAAAACAAGGGUUGAUGAUAAUUUUAAAUCCUUGUUGGGAAUAUUUUAAGAAAAUGCAUAAUGCUGGUACCUGAUUUAAGUAAUUUGUUAGAAGGAAUUAUUGAAUAUGACUGAAUUAAAUCAACAUCACCACAGCAUUAAUGCUAACCUAAUGUCCAUUUACAAUUGUGUUGUGUAAAUAUAUCAUCCUUACAUUAUUGGGCCCUGUCUCUCUAACGAAGUGCAAUCGUCUACAAUGGUAAUAAGAUGGUUAUUUGAGCCCAUUGUUGAAACAAUUCUAUGGAAGUUGAGAAAAACACAGGGGUGUUGAAAAGUUGCUGAUGGGGAGGCUCUAUGAAUUUCUAAUUGAUGCACUACAAUAGAUGGCUCUGCUUUAGCUUUGGAGCAGGUUCUGAAUGGCUUUUAAGAUGUAAAUGUUGUACAGAAGCAGAAAAGAAAUGUUCAUAGCAUUGUUUUGAUAAAAAGCCAUAACAGAUGUAAAGGUUUUCGUCCCCUUUUGAGAUGUGAAAACUUUUAAAACAGUUCAAAAUCCCCUUCCCUGAUCUUUGUACCAAAUGUGUAAAUUAUUUUCGACUAUUUAUUCUGUAUGAUUUGAGUUUUGUGGUUAUUUAAUAUGCAAAGAAGCUGUUAAACUUUCAUGUUGAGUUUUUUGUUUAACCUGUAGAGCUGUUUUUUUAAUUAUUCUUGCUGAUAAACACAUUUUAAAUACACUAACUGCAA